AUGGCCAAGGAUGAGUCUCGAAAGAUACACCUCUUCUGCAAGGGUCUGGAGCACUUCCGUGCAAUAUUUUACACAGAGCCAGAGAAUGAGAGCACAGCUUCUGUUGCUGUCAUGCAGGACCUGAUUUCCCCUGGCUCGACGAGUACUGUCAUAGGAGCGAUAGCAGACCAGGAGCCUAUCACUCCUGCUACUUUUAGGCAGGAUCAGGACGCUCCAGGCACAACGAAUUUUUUCAAGAAGAUGGCAGUAAGCCAGGACCCUGCCGCCUCUGCUGAUACCACCCAAGACCAAGAGCUUCUUAGCUCAACAAAAACUCUCACGGAUACCGUGGCAGACCGGAAGCCACGCAAAUACGUGAUGACAACGGGAGAGGACCUUUUCCAGUCACUGUUUGCGACGGAGAAGACUCCGCCUACCUCUCCGGGUAGUGUAGGGUCAGACAGCACAUUGGUGGAUCCUUCGUCACGGAAAGUAUCACCGGCGGACUCGGAGAUCCGUGCCAAGGGUAGCCCCAUCGCUGUCAGGGAUUUUGCCUAUGCCUCUUCAGAUAGCAAACCUGUGCUCGAUCAAGAGGCUGUUAUCGAAGAAGACACAAAGAGACAGUUGUUGAAGCAGCUGAAGAAGAAAACGGCCGCGGAGGAGAAGGGUUCCCGGAAGGUCGUAAAGCUGACGGCACGAAACAAGACUCUCGGUGCCCAGCUGAAAUCAGCUAAAUCAAACGUCCAGAAUAGAGAGGCACAAGCCGACCUUGCAAAGACACAUGCAAACGCCAUGACCUUGUUGAAUGUCGUUCUGAGACGAGUGGUGCAGGAUCUUAGCAAUGAGCUAAGUCGUGAGAAGAAUGGCGCCCACGUCCAGGGGACUCAGUCGCAGGGAGAGACAACCUGGAGUCAACAAAAGGAGGAAUCGCUCGAGAAUCAUCUCGAACUUGCAGACGAAUUCCGCACUAAUGCCUACAAUCAUAUGGCACGUUUGAAAAACGCUUCGGUCGAGCGUAGCCAAGGGAUGGACGACAUAGAUGACAUGGACGGCCAAGGAUCCAUUCAGGAAGAGACCAUGUCCCUGAUGAGCGAAACAGUGGGACCGAAGGAGUAUGGGUCUGUUGCUGUCGAAGUCCUCGAUCAAGAAGCCUCAGAAAUACCACAUGUUGAGUUGGUUGGAUCCAACUCUUCUACCAGUGGGAGCGAAGGAACCCAGCCGGAAACCAAAGUCGAAGGGUCGGAAGGUAGACCAGAGGAAAAGGAUGGCGGCGUUUUUGAGGCAUCUGGCUUGGACCCGGCCGCGCUUUCGGGCACUGCCAAUUCAGUGACUCCCACAGUUCAGGAGGACUCCGAGAAGAUGGAUGCCGAGGAAAUCUCUUGUGCGAAAGAAGCUCUUGACGCGGUCAAAGAGCACGAGACAGAAGAUGACAAGAUGGAAGAAGAGCAGAUUGGGAGCCAGGGUUUCUCUUCCGAAGAGACAACCAAUCAAGUCGAAUUGAGCGUGGAAUGGAUCUUUCCCGGCCCUAAGCCCGAAGAGUCUGCUGUGAGAAAGGGCCAGGCAAUGGCAGAUCCGAUCGCCACGAAUCUUGAAGAUGCAACGCCUGAUGAAGAGGGCUUGAGUGAAUCGAGCGGCGAAGACCAAGUGUCUGAAGCGGACGACAAUGGUUCCUCUCCGGUGGUCAAGGACCGUGUCUCAGGGAGCGACUAUGAUGGAAACCCUGCAGUCCACGAGCCUAUCACGGACGAUAACACGAAGCACAAUGAUAUCCGAGGUGUGGAUACUGGCUGUGAAGGCUGUCUCGAUAGGGAUUAUGAAUUCUCCGAAGCAGCGGGCCCAGCGACGCUAUGGGGGAUUUUCCAAGCGAAUCAGCGUGAGAAUGAGGUGGAGGAUAGGGCAGAUGUUGGUGAGGAGGCAGCUGGUGUCCCUGAAGCAGCAGGUCCAGCGACAUUGUGGCGGAUCCUCCGGUCGGAACAGUGUGAGAGUGAGGUGGACGACCAACAUGGUGCUUGCGAUGAUGCAGCAGACGUUUCUCAAGUAGAGGAUCCAGGGCCGGCCACCCUCUGGGGCAUCUUGAAAUCGAAUCGCGAAUCCUCAGGUGACGUUUUCUGUGAGGAAGGCGUUGGAAAACAAGCAGGAGCGAACAACCACACAGUUCUCGAUGAGUCUGAGAAAAAUGGUUCUGCAGAUCUUCUGGAUGAAGACGACGCAGAGCUCAUCCCCUCGUCUCAUGAUGGUUAUGCGCCAGAUCUCAACGACGACACCAACGACCUAUACAAUGUCAGCGACGAUGAAGAAGAGAUCAAGGAGCCACCUGCCGCCACGAAUGCUCCCACUGUCGAAGAAGACCCAGCUCCUAGCCCUCACGGCUCUGUUGACGGUGACGAGGUCGAUAACGAAGAAUUCGACACCCAAGAGGUCAUUGUAGAAGAGCCUGUCAAGGCCAUUGGUGCAGACUCGCUAGAUGCUGUCGAGCCUAUCAUGGAGUACCUGAAGGUUGUUGAAGAGGGGGAUCACGAUGUGGAGAACGGUACGGUAGGGACCGUCCACCUUGAAGUGGGUGUGGUUUCUGUCGGUGAAAAUACGCCAAUUGGUGCGGUCGAAGACAUGAACGAGUAUGUCGGUAAUGCGACCGUGGUUCGGGUGGAGAAGGCUGCACAGGAGGCCAACGCAUCCGGGGCAGGCGCGAUGGUCGAACAGCUAGGGCACAGCUAUCCCAGUGGUGAAUAUACCCACGAGCUUCCCAACGUGGUUGCUGGAGUACUCACCAUCACCGCAGCCGAAGAUGAUGGUACAAAUAGCGGGGUGGUUCAUCCACAACCUCUCACUUCUCCCGGCACUCCCCUACCAUCGCCACGUACCUUCUCGCCCCCACAAGCCGAAAACUUCGAUUUCACUCCCCGAAUGUCGAAGCCGAUGGGGGUGUCCAAGACCGAGAAGCGUAGGGUUGAGCGCCAACGUGCCGCAGCCAAGAAGAAGGACGAAGCAGCGGUGAAGCGUCGGAGAGAAGAAGAGGCUGCCAAGACGCCAGAAGCAUUGGCUCAGCGUCAAGCCGAGGAGGAUGUGAGGCUGGGAGAGAAGUGA